AUGUCCAACCAACAGACGACCCAGCGCAACCCCGUCAAACGCAUGCUCACUGCCAACGCGCAGUGGGCGGAAGACGUAGCAAAGGCGGAGCCAGGCUUUUUUGAACAGUCCGUCAAGGGGCAGAGCCCCCAUACGCUCUGGAUAGGCUGCGCCGACUCUAGAGUUCCCGACUCUGUUAUUACUGGGGCGAGGCCGGGCGAGAUAUUCGUCCACCGAAACAUCGCCAACCAACUUCAUCUCGACGACCACAAUGUCCUCUCAGUGCUGCGAUAUGCCGUUGACUACCUCGGCGUUGAACACGUUGUUAUCGUCGGCCACACCGAGUGCGGAGGCGCCGCUGCGUGUCUGGGAGCCGCUCAAUCGCCGGACCUUUCGCUCGACGGACCCAUUGCUACAGUCACAUCCCUCCCGGUCGAGUCGGCGCUCAACCGCUGGUUGGAGCCAUUCACACGACAUGUCGCCUCACUAAAAUUAUCCUCGACCCCCCACGCGGAGGCACUCCCUGUUGUCGUGGAGGAAAACGUAAAGCGACAAGUUGAGAAUCUUGCGAAGACGAUCACAAUUUCCGAGGCCUGGAACAAAGGAACCCGCAAAGGGCAGGACGUUUGGAUCCAUGGAUGGGUAUAUGAUCUGGCCACGGGCAAGCUAAAGGACCUCGAGAUAAGUCAAGGCCCACCUACAAAGCCGUCGACCAGCUUCCUGGAUUGA